AUAUUGAAAUAAUUUAAAAAAAUAAGACAGAAAGAAAAAAUGCCGGUUGAUAUUAAAAAUGUGUUGGUGUGCGAUGCCGUUGACAGUGCCUGUGUCGAGCUAUUGCAAAAGAAUGGCAUUAAUGUUGCUUACAAAUUGAAAUUGCCGGUUGAUGAACUGUGCAAUGAAGUCAAAAAUUAUGAUGCUGCCAUUGUUAGAUCCGAUACGAAAAUCACCCAACAAGUACUAGAAGCUGGGGCGGGUAGUUUAAAGGUUGUCGGUCGUGCUGGAGCCGGUGUGGAUAAUAUCGAUGUGCCAGCGGCCACCAAAAACAAAGUUAUUGUUCUAAACACUCCUGGUGGCAAUUCAAUUUCUGCCUGUGAGCUGACCUGCAUUGCCAUUGGAACAUUAGCACGUCCAGUUGUACCGGCUGUCCAAAGUAUGAAAGAAGGCCGUUGGGAUAGAAAAUUGUAUAGUGGCAGUGAAUUGUAUGGCAAAACAUUGGCCGUGUUGGGACUGGGACGUAUUGGACGUGAGGUGGCCGUACGCAUGAAGGCAUGGGGCAUGAGGAUUAUUGGCUAUGAUCCCAUUACCACCGAGGAAGAGGCCAAGGCAGCGGGUAUUGAAAAAAUGACAUUGGAUGAAAUAUGGCCAUUGGCAGAUUAUAUUACAGUGCACACACCAUUGAUACCGGCCACAAGAAAUCUCGUCUCUGCCGAAUCCUUGGCUAAAUGCAAAAAGGGCGUUAAAGUAGUCAAUGUUGCCCGUGGCGGCAUCGUUGAUGAACAAGCUGUACUCGAUGCCUUGGAGUCGGGCCAGUGUGGUGGUGCCGCCUUCGAUGUUUACCCCGAAGAACCACCUAAAUCUGAAGUAACCAAGAAAUUGAUACAACACCCCAAAGUAGUGGCUACGCCACAUUUGGGCGCCAGUACAGCUGAGGCUCAGGUUCGUGUGGCUGUCGAAGUUGCCGAGCAAUUUAUUGCAUUGACUGGCAAAUCUCAAGUCUAUACCAGCUAUCCGGGUGUUAUCAAUCGUGAAGUAUUGGCUAAUUAUCAGUAA